CCGGCGCAGGCGCAGUGUGGGGCCACGCCGAGCGCGGGAAGCGUCCGGCGCCGGCGCUCGCCCCUCCUUGCCAUUCCUCAGCUGUGGAGGUCCGGUCCUCUGGAUAAGUAAAGGAAAAAAUGCCUGCCACACAGAAGCCCAUGAGAUAUGGACACACAGAGGGACACACAGAUGUCUGUUUUGAUGAUUCUGGGAGCUGUAUUGUAACUUGUGGAAGUGAUGGUGAUGUGAGGAUUUGGGAAGACUUGGAUGAUGAUGACCCAAAGUCCAUUAAUGUUGGAGAAAAAGCAUAUUCAUGUGCUUUAAAGAAUGGAAAAUUGGUCACUGCAGUAUCUAACAAUACUAUUCAAGUGCACACGUUUCCUGAAGGAGUUCCGGAUGGAAUAUUGACUCGCUUCACCACAAAUGCAAACCAUGUGGUCUUUAAUGGAGAUGGUACAAAAAUUGCUGCUGGAUCUAGUGACUUUCUAGUCAAAAUUGUGGAUGUGAUGGAUUGCAGCCAACAGAAAACAUUUCGAGGACAUGAUGCCCCUGUUUUAAGUCUUUCCUUUGACCCUAAGGACAUCUUUCUGGCAUCAGCUAGUUGUGACGGAUCUGUCAAAGUGUGGCAAAUUUCAGAUCAGACAUGUCCUAUUAGUUGGCCAGUGCUACAAAAAUGCAAUGAUGUGGUAAAUGCAAAAUCAAUCUGCAGACUUGCUUGGCAGCCAAAAAGUGGGAAGUUACUGGCAGUUCCUGUGGACAAAUCUGUUAAGUUAUACAGAAGAGAAACUUGGAGUAACCAGUUUGAUCUUUCAGAUAAUUUCAUCUCUCAGACACUGAAUAUAGUAACCUGGUCUCCUUGUGGACAGUAUUUAGCUGCAGGGAGUAUUAAUGGUUUAAUUAUAAUUUGGAAUGUGGAAACCAAAAAUUGCAUCGAAAGGGUGAAACAUGAGAAAGGUUAUGCAAUUUGUGGCCUGUCAUGGCAUCCUACUUGUGGCCAAAUAGCUUAUACUGAUGCAGAAGGAAAUCUGGGACUCCUGGAGAAUGUUUGUGACCCCAAUGGAAAGAUGUCAAACAGUAAGGUGUCUAGCAGAGUAGAGAAGGAUUAUAAUGAUCUUUUUGAUGGAGAUGAUACAAGUAAUGUCGGUGACUGUCUAAAUGACAAUGCAGUCAAAACCCACUCUUUUUCAAAAGGAAUUGUAAAUGAUGAGGAAGAUGAUGAUGACGUUAUGCUGGCUUCAGGUCGUCCUAGACAGCGAAGUCACAUCCUUGAAGAUGAUGAAAACUCAGUUGAUGUUACAAUGCUAAAAAUUGGUUCUAGUCUUUUCAAAGAAGAGGAAGAUGAUCAGGGAGGCAGCAUGCACAGUCUACCAGUUGUAACAUCCCAGAGGCCAUUUUAUGAUGGUCCUAUGCCAACUCCCCGGCAAAAGCCAUUCCAGUCAGGUUCUACACCCUUGCAUCUCACUCACAGAUUCAUGGUGUGGAACUCUAUUGGAAUUAUUCGCUGCUAUAAUGAUGAGCAAGACAAUGCCAUAGAUGUGGAAUUCCAUGAUACCUCUAUACACCAUGCAACACACUUAUCAAACACUUUGAAUUACACAGUAGCAGAUCUUUCCCAUGAAGCUGUUUUGUUGGCAUGUGAAAGCACUGAUGAACUAGCAAGCAAGCUUCACUGCCUGCAUCUUAGUUCUUGGGAUUCAAGCAAAGAGUGGAUAGUAGACAUGCCUCCAAAUGAAGAUAUUGAAGCCAUCUGUCUUGGUCAGGGAUGGGCUGCUGCUGCCACUAGCUCCUUGCUUCUUCGCUUGUUUACCAUUGGAGGUGUUCAAAAAGAGGUCUUCAGUCUCCCUGGGCCUAUUGUGUCAAUGGCUGGACAUGGAGAACAGCUUGUCAUUGUUUAUCACAGAGGUACAGGAUUUGAUGGGGAUCAGUGCCUUGGAGUUCAACUGCUAGAGCUAGGGAAGAAGAAAAAACAAAUUUUGCAUGGUGAUCCUCUUCCUCUUACAAGGAAAUCCUACCUUGUAUGGGUUGGAUUUUCAGCUGAAGGUACCCCAUGUUAUGUGGAUUCAGAAGGCAUUGUUCGAAUGCUUAACAGAGGACUUGGUAAUACAUGGACUCCUGUAUGUAACACAAGAGAACACUGUAAAGGAAAAUCUGAUCACUACUGGGUGGUUGGUAUCCAUGAAAAUCCCCAGCAACUGAGGUGUAUUCCUUGCAAAGGUUCUCGAUUUCCUCCCACUCUUCCACGCCCUGCUGUAGCUGUUUUGUCCUUUAAGCUUCCUUACUGUCAGACUGCCACAGAGAAAGGACAGAUGGAGGAACAGUAUUGGCGUUCAGUUAUAUUUCACAACCACCUUGAUUAUUUAGCAAAAAAUGGUUAUGAAUAUGAAGAGAGCACUAAAAAUCAAGCAACAAAAGAACAACAGGAACUUUUAAUGAAAAUGCUUGCGCUUUCCUGUAAACUGGAGCGGGAAUUUCGUUGUGUGGAACUUGCUGGUCUAAUGACUCAAAAUGCUGUGAAUUUAGCCAUUAAGUAUGCUUCUCGUUCUCGGAGAUUAAUAUUGGCCCAAAGACUUAGUGACCUGGCUGUAGAGAAGGCAGCAGAAUUGGCAGCCACCCAAGCUGAGGAAGAGGAAGAGGAAGAAGAGGAUUUCAGGAAAAAGUUGAAUGCUGGUUAUAGUAAUACUUCUACAGAGUGGAGUCAGCCAAGGCUCAGAAAUCAAGUUGAAGAAGAUACAGAGGAUAAUGGAGAAGCUGAUGAUACAGAAGAAAGACCAAAAAUACACAAACAUGGAGAAAACCCAUUUUUCAAAAGUACAGAUUCCUCUGAUAUGCCAGCUAUUAAGUCAGGUGCAGUUACCUCUAGCAGCCAAGGACGAAUAAACCCCUUCAAGGUAUCAGGCAAUUUCAAAGAGCCAGCCAUUUCAGUGAAUUCAGGACGUUCAACUAAUAUUUUAGACAGUAUGAACAAAUCAUCCAAGAAAUCUACUGCACUUAAUCGAGCUACAGAUAAUGAAAAGUCUCCAGUUAUAAAGCCCUUGAUUCCAAAGCCAAAAUCUAAGCAGGCAUCUGCAGCAUCCUUUUUCCAGAAAAGAACUUCCCAAGCUGAUAGGACUGAGGAAGUAAAAGAAGAAAAUCCUAAAAAUUCAUCAUCUGAAACCCCAGCUGUGUGUCCUCAAAACACUGAAAACCAAAGGCCUAAGACCGGGUUCCAGAUGUGGCUGGAAGAAAACAGAAGUAAUAUUUUGUCUGACAAUCCUGACUUUUCAGAUGAAGCAGACAUAAUAAAAGAAGGAAUGGUUCGAUUUAAAGUACUGUCAGCUGAAGAAAGGAAGGCAUGGGCUGCCAAGGCCAAAGGAGGAACUGCAAGUGAUGGAGCUGAAGAAAAGAAGCGAAAACGUGUGGUUGAUGAAAGUCAGGAAACUGAAAACCAGGAAGAAAAAAUGAAGAAUUUGAAUUUACCUAAAAAGCAAAAACCUUUAGAUCUUUCUGCGAAUCAGAAACUGUCAGCUUUUGCAUUUAAGCAGGAAUAGAGUAAGGAGGUAAAUUUAGAACUUAGGAAAGUAAUGGAUUUUUGAUGAAUCUAGACCUUUAAAAAAAUCUGUAGGAAAAAAAAAAAAAAAAAAAAUCUGUAGGAAACUCUGUAAGUAUUUUUAAAAGAGUUUAAAGAUUGCUGUUUGUCUUUAUAAGAUAAUUCAGUAAUUAUAUUGGUAUAGGUAGCGGGGCAUCUGUAAAAACUAUCAUCUCUGCAGAUUGCUCUGCCCCCAAAUGGAGGGCUGUUCAGAAGCAUGACCAUGGCCACUGACUGGUGGCCACUGUCAUGUCCCUUUGCAAGCUGGAUUGAUCUUGUUUCUUACCUUCAAAAUCAUCAAAGCCAAGGUUUUAAAACCUCUGAGCAUUGAAGCACCUUCUAGAGUGUUCCUUGAUUGGUAACUAUCAUAUAUUGGCAAGUACCACAGAAGUCCUCUUCCAAAAUGUGUUACUAUAGACCGCUCUUAUGUCUAUACUGGACCCAGGGGACCAUAUUUUUUUUCACAUGGACCCUAAACAUGUAAAUAAUUUUGUAGAUGAGACCUUUGUUUUGGAAAUUUCUUCAUAUAUUAAUUUUAUCUGUUUGUAUUGCCUGUUUUUUAAAAAUAAAACUUUUACAUUUUUAUAUUUAGCUUAAUAUGGCCUUCACAUUGUAUUUCCAUGAAAUGGAAGUGUUCCUAGAAAAUAUAUUUUAUGUUUAUUACCAUAAUUUUCACUACCCCCUUCUUGUUUUUGUUGUUCAGUCAUUAAGUCACGUCCAACUCUGCGACCCCAAGGACUGCAGCACACCAAUCUCCUUUGUCCUCCACUAUCUCCCAAAGUUUGCUCAAAUUCAUGUCCAGAGGAUGAGAUGCUGUCUAACCAUCUCAUCAUCUGUCAUCCCCUUCUCCUCCUGCCUUCAAUCUUUCCCAACAUCAGGGUCUUUUCCAGUGAGUUGGCUCUUCGCAUCAGGUGGCCAAAGUAUUGGAGCUUCAGCUUCAGCAGCACUCCUCCCAAUGAAUAUUCAGGGUUGAUUUCUUUUAGACUUGACUGGUUUGAUCUCAUUGUAGUCCAAGGGAUUCCCAGGAGUCUUCUCCAGCACCAUAGUUUGAAAGCGUCAACUCUUUGGUGUUCAGCCUUCCGUAUGGCGCAGCUUUCACCUCCAUACAUGACUACUGGAAAAACCAUAGCUUUGACUAUACCAACCUUUGUCAGCAAAGUGAUGUCUCUGCUUUUUAAUAUGUUGUCUAGGUUUGUCAUAGCUUUUCUUUCAAGGAGCAAGCAUCUUUUAAUUUCUUGGUUGCACCCAUGGUUCGGAGUGAUUUUUGAGCCCAAGAAAAAAAAUCUGUCACUGCUUCCACUUUUCCCCUUUGUAUUUGCUAUGAAGUGAUGGGACCAGAUGCUAUGAUCUUAGUUUUUUGAAUAUUGAGUUUUAAGCCAGCUUUUUCACUCUCCUCUUUCACCCUCAUCUAGAGACUCUUUAGUUCCUCUUCACUUUCUGCCGUUAGAGUGGUAUCAUUGGCAAAUCUGAGGUUGUUGAUAUUUCUCCUGGCAAGCUUGAUUUCAGUUGGUGAUUCAUUCAGUCUGACAUUUUGCAUGAUGUACUCUGCAUAGAAGUUAAAUAAGCAGCAUGACAACAUACAGCUUUGUUGUACUCAUCUCCCAAUUUUGAACCAGUCAGUUGUUCCACGUAAGGUUCUAACUGUUGCUUCUUAACCCACAUACUGGCUUCUCAGGAGACAGGUAAGGUGGUCUGGUACUCCCUCUCUUUAAGAAUUUUUCCACAGUUGGUUGUGCUCCACAUAGUCAGGGCUUUAAUGUAGUCAGUAAGGCAGAAGUAGAUGUUUUUAUGGAACUCCCCAGCUUUCUCUGUGAUAUAACGAAUGUUGGCAAGCAAUUUGAUCUUUGGUUCCUCUGCCUUUCCUGAACCUAGCUUAUACAUCUAGAAGUUCUCAGUUCACAUACUGCUGAAACCCAUCUUGAAGGAUUUUGAGCAUAACUGUGCUAGUGUGUGAAAUGAGUGCAAUUUGGUCGGUAUUGCCUUUCUUUGGGAUUGAAAUGAAAACUGACCUUUUCCAGUUCUGUGGCCACUGCUGGGUUUUCCAUAUUUGUGGACAUUGAGUACAGCCCUUGUAGGAUUUUAAAUAGCUCAGCUGGAAUUCCAUCACCUCCACACUAGCUUUGUUCAUAGUAAUGUUUCUUAAGGCUCACUUGACUUCACACUCUAGGAUAUCCCACUAUAGGUGAGUGACCACACCAUUGUGGUUAUCUUUUUGGCACAGUUCUUCUGUGUAUUCUUGCCACCUCUGGAUCUCUUUUGCUUCUGUAAGGUUCUUCCCGUUUCUGUCCUUUAUCAUGUCCAUCCUUGCAUGAAAUGUUCCCUUGUUAUCUCCAGUUUUCUUGAAGAGAUCUCUAGUCUUUCCCAUUCUAUUGUUUUCCUGUAUUUCUUUGCAUUGUUCAUUUAAGAACGACUUCUUAUCUCUCCUUGCUAUUCUCUGGAAGAACUCUGCAUUCAGUUAGGUAUAUCUUCCCUUUCUCUCUUGCCUUUGGCGUCUCUUCUUUGCUCAGCUAUUUGUAAAUCCUCUUCAGACAACCACUUUGCUUUCUUGCAUUUCUUUUUCUUUGGGAUGGUUUUGGUCACUGCCUCCUGUAUGGUGUUACAACGUGAAGUGAAAGUGAAGUCGCUCAGUCGUGUCCAACUCUUUGCAACCCCAUGGACUGUAGCCUACCAGGUUCCUCCAUCCAUGGGAUUUUCCAGGCAAGAAUACUGGAGUGGGUUGCCAUUUCCUUCUCCAGGAGAUCUUCCCAACCGAGGGAUUGAACCCGGGUCUCCCGCAUUGUAGACAGGUGCUUUACCGUCUGAGCCACCAGGGAAGCUCAUUUGUAAGUGUUACAAACCUCCAUCCAUAGUACUUCAGGCACUCUGUUUACCAAAUCGAAUCCCUUGAAUCUGUCCAUCACCUCCACUGUAUAAAUCAUAAAGGAUUUGAUCUAGGUCAUACCUGAAUGGCUAGUGGGUUUCCCUACUUUCUUCAAUUUGAGCCUGAAUUUUGCAGUGAGGUGCUCAGGAUCUGAGCCAUAGUCAGCUCCAGGUCUUGUUUUCGCUGUGUAGAGCCUCUCCAUCUUUGGCUGCAAAGAAUAUGAAAGAAAGUGAAAGUGUUAGUCUCUCAGUCGUGUCUGACUUUUUGCGACCCUGUGGACUGUAUUAGCCCACCAAGCUUCUCUGUCCAUGGAAUUCUCCAGGUUGGAGUGGGUUGCCAUUUCCUUCUCCAGGGGAUCUUGCCAACCCAGGGAAUCUAGCCCAGGUCUCCCACAUUGCAGACAGUUUCUUUACCAUCUGAGCCACCUAAUUUCAGUAUUGACCAUCUGGUGAUAUCUGUGUAGAGUCGUCUCUUGGGUUAUUGGAAAAGAGUGCUAUGACCAGCAUGUUCUCUUGACAAAACUCUGUUAGCCCUUGCUGUGCUUCAUUUUGUACUCCAACGCCAAAGUUGCCUGUUAUUCUGGGUAUCUCUUGAUUUCCUACUUUUGCAUCCCUAUCCCCUAUAAUGAAAAUAACAUUUUUUUGGUGUUAGUUCUAGAAGGUCUUGUAGGUUUUCAUACAACUGGUCAACUUCAGCUCCUUUGGACACCUUCUGACCUGGGGGACUUAUCUUCUGGUGUCACAUCUUUUUGCCUUUUCAUACUGUCCAUGAGGUUCUUGUGGCAAGAAUACUGGAGUGGGUUGCCAUUUCCUCCUCCUGGAGACCAUGUUUUGUCAGAACUUUUCACUGUGACCUGUCUGUCUUGGGUAGCCCUGUACAACAUGGCUCAUAGCUUCAUUGAAUUAUGCCAGCCCCUUCACCCUCAUCCUGUUACACAUUAAACACACAGAGGUAUUGAAGAUACUAUUUGAUAAUAUUGAAGCCCAGCAUAUGCUCCUGGUAAAUUACUCUGGUUAUCAGCAUCAGCAGUGCUUUAUUGAGCAAAUCUUUGAAGCCUUGAUAAGAAAGUAAUUGAAGAAUGAGGAAGUGUUUAACUCCUCUUUUGUUUUGAACAAGAUUUAAUUAAGUAGUUCAUACAUUUUUUUUUGGUUAGUAUUCUAAGCAGGGCUUAAUACAAAUGAGCCACUUUAUGAGGGACAGUACAGGGGAACUCUGGGGUAGGAGGAUAGUAAUAAAACCAAGUGAUUGAAAAUUGAGGGUAUUUAUAGGUUGGAAGGGACAAACUUAUGUUGAAAUUUUAGAUGUAUAGUAGCCACAGGAUGGUCCUUGUCUCAUGAUUAAGGUUGGGACAGAGCAUUUCUGAUUUCUUUAUUUAGGAGCUGGUAUUGAGAGGCAUUGCAACACAGAGGUUAGGAGCACAGAUUUCAAAGCCAAACAGAAUACCUGAGUUCAAAGGCUCACUGUAAUUCCUACCAGCUAAAAAACCUUGGGCAAGUCGUAGCCUUUGUCCAUUCGUCUGUAAAAUGGGUAUAUUAAUAAUACAUAAUUUAAAGGUUGUUAAGAGAAUUAAACAAGGUAAAAGCACUUACCUGGUACAUUGUAGUGUUUUAUAUACGUAUCAGCUAUUGUUACUAUGUUGUUGGCUAGUUAAUCUUGCUUUGUCAUUAAGUUUGAUUAUGAGUUAAUUAUGUAUGAAUUAAUGUUGGUUUCAAGAUGCUGAAGUAAAAAUUUUUUAUGUUACUUUGGAAA